AUGUCAGUCGGAGUGAAGUCACAAACUAAUAAAGUCUCUGUUAAUACUAACCCCAAGUCUGUGGCCCAGACAUCACAAGUGGCCACUUCACAGAUUAAUAGUGGUGUGGGUUGUAAUGCAAAUCCAAUUGUGAUUAAUGCCAACAAUUGUAAUAUAUUUGUUACAAAUGAAUCAAUUGGUGUGAGUGGACACGGACUCAAUGCCCGACUUAUCGAUAUCUAUACCCAUAUGCUAUACACUUGUAUGCAAUGCUCACAAAACAAUUGUGAUCUAAUCACUGAAGACGAGUGGAUUCAUGUCAUAGAGAAACACAUGACAGCCAAAGGGUACUCGAGUUCUGAACACAACUGGAAGUUAUUGUAUCGCACCUUCACUGAGCACUACAUCAAAGCACUGGAUAAGAGUGUAACUGUCAGUGAACUGCAGAAUCGAUUCCCAUUCACCGAUUUCUUCAACCUAUUGCUGGUAAAUCCAAUCAAUGGUCUCUACGAUCAAGUGAUGAAAUCUAGGGAUCAGUUUGUGUCCAAACUAUUGGCGAACAAAGAUUGUGGCAAACAAUAUGAGAUAAUGGAGCGAACGAUUCAACAGCAAAGAUAUGAGGAAUGGCUGCGUAAUCGGCGGAAUGGCUUUCAGACGAGAUUGGAGUCUAAUAUCGUUGACAUUAAACGACUGAAUCUAAUGGUUAAAGUGAUCAGUGAAUUGAAACUCGCUUCAAAAAACCAAGAAUCGUCUAAUCUCUUCGUGAAGAUAUCAAAUAAAUUGCUUGAAAACGGCAUUAAUUGGGAACCGCAUGAAUGUCGGCGAACACUAUGUCAUUGGAUUGAGUUUUAUGAGAGGAAUUACGACAACUAUAAGCUGUCAGUGAAAGAGGGCAACAGAAUCGUUGAAUACAUCUAUCAAUACCUAAAUUCCAUAGACAAGUAUACAUCGGAUUUGAAAUUACUUUUCGCCAAAGGAUAUACCAGUUCUGGCAACAAAUGGAUGAUAUUAUAUCAGGUCUUCAUUGAACACUAUUUAAAAGCACUGAAUAAAAGUGUGUCUCUCAAUGAACUGCAAAAUGAGUUCCCUUUCGCCCAUAUCUUCAACCAAUUGAUAUUCAAUCCAAUCAAUAGUCACUACAAUCUGUUGAUGCAAUCGCGACAACAAUUUAUGUCCAAAAUAUUGAAGAACAAAGAGUUUGGUCCACACUAUGAGACAAUGGAGCGAACCAUUGAACAGCAAACUCACCAAAAUUGGUUGCGUUGUCGACGGAACGGCUUUCAGAAGCGAUUGGAGACUAAUAUCAUUGACAUAAAACGAUUGAAUCUAAUGGUUCAAGUGAUCAGUGAAUUGAAACGUAUACCAAAACACGAGGAAUCGUCUCAUCUUUUUGAGAAGAUAUCAAAUAAAUUGCAUAAAAAUGGCAUUAAUUGUGUAGCGUAUGAAUGUCAGCGAUCUCUCUGUCAUUGGAUUGAGUUUUAUGAGAGGAAUUACGAAAAUUAUAAGCUGUCAGUGAAAGAGGGCAACAAAAUCGUUGAAUACAUCUAUCAAUCAUUGAAUUCCAUUGCUAUGUAUUCAUCGGAUUUGAAACUACUUUUCAGUAAAAAUAAACCCAUUUUGCAUUCAUUGCGUAAGAUUGAGAAAUGUUUCAAUGAUAAGUAG